AUGAGAACCGCUAAAACUGGGCCUGAUCUCAGGUUAAUUAGAUAUAUUGCAGAAAAUGUAGCCCCUAGAGCCGCAUCAUUCAAGAAAUUGAAGAAGUGCCAGCUGAAGACAAGGAAAUCACAAGAUUGCGGAAAUGCUUUCACACAAAUAACUGGUAGAACUAUCCGUGAAGCAGACUACAAGGCCAUAAGGAAUGAGUUGACAGUGCUAGGAAAGCUGGUAUUAAGGGGUGCAAGGCUGGUUACUCCAAGAAAACACCGGAAGCAAGUAUCAGACCUCGCCCACGAAGGACAUCGAGGGAUAGUAAAGACAAAAACAGAGACUUCGAACUAUAUAAUAGUGCGGUGGCCUGGCAUAGACCGCCAAGUUGAGCAGCGAUGCAGAACGUGUCAGCAAGUCGCUACCACCAGAGCCAAUGAAAAGGACUGAAAUACCUUGCCUUGGCAAGACUUGGCAGCUGAUUUGUUAGGACCGCUUCUAACCGGUGACUAUCUGUUAGUAGUAGUAGUAGUGGACUAUUUUAGUCGUUUUUUCGAAGUGACAGUGACCAUGUCAGUGACAGCGAGUAAAAUGACUAGCUGUUUUUGGAAAACGUGUUUGCUACCCAUGGACUCCCUCUUUCCUUAAAGACUGAUUAUGGGCGGCAAUUUGUAUCAGAGGAAUUUGAGACUUACCUCAAGGAUAAUAACAUUGAACACAGAACAUCAACACCAUUAUGGUCGCAAGCAAACGGUGAAUUCGAGAGACAGAAUCGUGGUUUAUUGAAAGCAAUGUGCAUUGCGCAUGUUGAAGGACUUGAUUGGCGAAAGAAACUGCCGAAAUUUUUGCCUUGUUACAGGAGCACACCCCACACGACCACAGGGGAGAGUCCUACAAAACUGCUAUUUGGGCCUGAGAUCCGGUCAAAACUACCUGGUGUAGAAGAUUUUUGCCCAGCUAGUAAAGACACUGAAUUUCUAGACAGAGACAAUGAGAGGAAACAGAAAGAAAAAGAUUAUGCAGGCAAUCGAAGGCAUGCCCAGCAAACGCACAUUAGGCAAGGAGACAAAAUGCUUCUUCAGAAGCCCAAGUCAGAUAAACUUUCCCCUGCAUUUGAAGCUACGCCGUAUGAAGUUGUUGAGAAGCGCGGUGGUCAUGUUGAAAUGAAGUCUCCUGCUGGUGUGCUUUAUAAACGGAAUGUUACUCGUUUGAAGAAAUAUGAGGAAGAUAGAUCUCUACUGAUUUAG